ACAACGGGAAUUGUACUAGCUCUUGGCUGGCAGCAGUAUGCAGAGCCUAUUAUUAACUAACCUUUUCAGAGACUUUCCCUAAGUGACGCAACUCUGAGACCCAAUGUAAUCCGGAAUUACUGGAUAGUAUGAUUUAAGGAUAGUUUGCCAUCUUCUUUCGCUAAAACUUUCUUUAGACUUAAGCGAAGAGCGCCUGCUGAACCCGCCGACCUUUAUUUACAGAACUAAAGCUUGGCUGUUGGCCGGCUGUUUGACUUGUUUAAACUGUACAGAAGCGAAGCAGCAGACGAUGAUGACGCUGGUGAUACUGUUUCUCCUCCCGUGCGCUGCAGUCAGUGCGAGAACGCGAAUGGUACCACCUGGCCACGAAAUUGUGAAUUCCAGGAACGUAGAGGCAACGGAGAGCCAAACGUAUAGUAAAGCUCUCACCGUGGAUGGGAAGGAAUGCCAGUUCCCUUUCCGCUACGGCGGAACUGUUUACCAUCGCUGCAUCCAGAGGCAUUCUUCAAAGCCUUGGUGUUCUACUACGCAUAACUUUGAUCGAGAUUAUCGCUGGGGCUAUUGCGUGCCUGAAACCAACAAGACAAGCAGGUUGUUCCUGUUCCCGGACCCUUGUGCUGAGAACCCCUGCCAAAAUGGCGGCCUCUGUUCCAGUGUACCCCGCACGCACUCCUUUGAGUGUUCCUGUCCUGAGGGCUACACCGGGAGGCUGUGCACGGAGCAGAAGUGCUAUGAGGAGGUACACCACAGGCUGUACGACCUGGGGGAGUCCUGGGGCCGGAUACAUCACCGGAACGUGGAGCAGUGCGCCUGUGCCAACGGCAUCAUCGAGUGCGUGCGCGUGCGAUACACAGUCUGCAUCUCGAACCCGUGCCAGAACGAGGGGGUGUGCCGCCUCAUCGUGUCCACGGGGGAGCCGGUGUGUGCCUGCACACCUGGAUUCAGCGGCCAGCACUGCAGCUUGACGCCCGAUGCGGACUGCUACGAGAACGGGGCCGUUGGUUACCGUGGCACCGCCAGCGUCACGCGAUCUGGAGCCCGCUGCCUGCCCUGGAGCUCCGACCUGCUGGCUGACGAGCUGAGUGUGGAGAACGUGCAGGACGCCGCCCUGCUGGGCAUCGGGGAACACGCCUUCUGCAGGAACCCAGAUGAGGAUACCAUGCCCUGGUGCUACACCCUGACGAACACGGAGAUCUCCUGGGACUACUGCAACAUUCCCAAAUGCAGGGCAGCUCUUACGAUGUCCCGGCGGGUGGAGAGCCAGGACGGGCCCCUGCCCCCCGCCCCCCCGCCCGCCCGGCCCCGGAGGGCCCCUGUGUGCGGCCGCCGGCACAGGAAGCGGGUGCCGAGGGGCCGGAUCCUGGGGGGCCACUCUGCGCUGCCCGGGGCCCACCCCUGGGUGGCAGCGCUCUACAUCGGGACCUCCUUCUGCGCCGGGACCCUCAUCACCUCCUGCUGGCUGCUGUCGGCCGCACACUGCUUCCUGGGCAAUCCCCUCAUUUCCACCGUGCGCGUGGUGUUGGGGGCGCACUUCUUCAACGACACGGGUCCUAAUGCCAAAUCCUACGGCAUUGAGAAGUACGUCUUUCCAGAUCACUUUUCCAUCUUCAAUCCCACUCUCCAUGACAUCGUCCUGGUGAAGCUGAAGAGGCAAAAUGGCCGCUGUGCCAAACGGGGCCAGUUCAUACAGCCCAUCUGCCUGCCCGUGAGAGUGACCUUCCCUGACUACCACUGCUGCCAGAUCAUGGGCUGGGGCUACAUGUAUGAGAAGGCCGGUGUGUACUCGCAGCACCUGAGGGUGGGCACGGUGCACAUCUUCCCGUUUGAGCAGUGCUCGCGCCCGGAUGUGUACGGGUCAGAGGUCACCUCCAACAUGCUGUGUGCCGGGAGCCACCGCUGCAUCGACGCCUGUCAGGGUGACUCCGGUGGGCCUCUGGACUGUGUGAAGAAGGACGUGCACUACCUGUACGGCAUCAUCAGCUGGGGCGACGGCUGCGGCCGGAACCGCAAGCCCGGCGUCUACACCAAGGUCGCCAACUACAUCGACUGGAUCUACCGCAUCAUCAAACGCAAGCCCUGAUACUGCACAAACAAGCCCUGAUACUGCACAAACAAGCCCUGAUACUACACAAACCCUGAUGCGGUGUGGUCGCCAACUACAUCGACUGGAUCUACCGCAGGGGUGCACAGCAAGGGCCGAUCCGCUUCACGAUUUUGUGCCAACUUCUGCUCUUAAUUAUUUAAUUAGCUAAAUAAUGUCUUUAUCAGACAUCUGUAUACCCACCAGCUAUAGCCGCAGAUGGCUAGUGCAUCCUAAUGAUUUCACUGUGCUCAAGUACAAGCUUGAACCAGGGUCAUUUAUAGAGCUGUCAGCAAAUUAAAAACAAGGUAAUUGGUUGGAACAAAAACCAAUCUGCAGACCGGCCCCCCAGGACUGGAGUUGUGCACCCCUGAUCUACUACGUCAUCAAACGCUAUCAAAUCCGACUGCAGUGUCUGCGCAUAAAAACAUCACAACAGCGUACAUACCUUGGAGAACAGACCGUCAGGCCCGUCAAAGUCUCACCGUUUACAGUAGCCAGCAGUGCUUCAGGCCUGGGACCUGGACCCCCAGGGGUCUGUGCUCCUACGACAUGCCCCGGGAACUCACUUCCACCGUGCUGCUGUGCCUGCCGUCCGUGUGGAGGCCAGCGGACAUGCAGAAAGGCUGGAUAUGUGGACAGUGCUUUCGUAUUUAUCUGACCGGUACUCUUCACUGAUAUUAUUUAAAAUUAUUAUUUUUUGGUAUAAUUUCAUUCUUAUAAAGAUGCCUAUUUUUAUUUGUCUUGGCCAGUUCAGUGAAAGAAUAAUUUGGCCUUAAUUUAUAAUCAUAAAAGUUAAGUGAACAUUUCUCUGCAAAUUCAAAAAUUCAGGAAAAUAACAUGUUUGACUGAAGUGUUGAAUUUCCAAAAGAACAUUAUAUUUUUCACCUUUAAUGUUGCAUAUCUAUACUCAAUAUUUACUGCAUUAUUCAUAUAAUAAGCACAAUGUGUAUUUAGGGAGAAUCAUAAUUUAUUAACUGCAGUAGCCUACUUGAGAAUGGAGACUGUGUUAUUGUAAUUUUGUAUUUUACGAAUUUAUACAUUUAAAGCAUUUCAGUUCUUCUCUUUUUCACUCCUAUGUUUUUUCCAGUUUCAUAAUGAAUAUUAAUUUUGAAAGGACGUCUACCUAAGGUGCUACAACAAUGAAACGAUACAUAUCAAGCAUAUUCUUUAAUAAAACAAAUUGCAAACGUAGAGUACAAUUAAUUGCAUUUAGAACGAAUGAAAUCACCUUUCUGCUCUGGGAAACGCAUACACUCACAUGCACGCGCACACACACAGCAGUGGGAUACAAAGAUUGGUCGGUCUUGCACAGUGCCUAAAACCUACAGUAGUAGAGAGGUUAUCUAUAUCAGGAAGAAUCCCUACAGCUAAUCCAGUGAAGGUAAUGUUACCAAACCUUUUCAACACAGGAAAGGCAUGGUGAUAAAUAAAGAAACACUAUUACUAUUCCACUGAAUCCACUGGCCACAUGUUUUUUUUUAAUUCUUUUAUUUUUUAUCCGUUUUAUUAUAAUUUUUUCAUUCUUGCUUAGGGGAUUGUUUUAAGUGUACAUUUGUUAUAGCAGGGGUUUUGGGUUCCAGAUGGUCACUGUUGAUUAUGUCCAGAUAUUUCCUAAAUGGUCUUAUAAACGUUUGGAGGAAACCGACCAAACACGCAGUGUUAUCUCAUGCGUAAACAAUAACAACAGCAUGUGUGUGUUAAUAAAUAUUUAUUGAAUUCUUGA